AUGGUCAAGCUCACCGAGGUCGAAGAUGAGCACUUCUCCGAGAAGCCCUCCACCACAAAGGACGAUGCUCUCCUGGUCUCCGACGAUGACGAGGACUACUCAGACACUGACUCCGAGAUCUCCAACGAUGAGGACAUCGAGCUCGAUGCCGAGUCUCUGUACGAGCGUGUCGCCGCCUUGAAAGACAUCAUCCCCCCCUCCGCCCGCCGCACCAUCACCGACUCCGUUUCCUCCAUCACAUCUCUCACCAAGUCUAGCCUGUCUUUCAGCGGGAAGGCUCUCUGGGUUAUCAGCACCAGCGCUUUCUUGCUCGGUGUUCCUUUCGCGCUCGCUUACGCUGAGGAGGAGCAGUACAUCCAGAUGGAGCGUGAGCAGGGUAUGAUCAAGGGUGCUAACGAGAUGCUCACCCCUGGCGCCGAGCUCGAGAAGCAGGCUCAACCCACUCUGUAA